CGGGUUGCGUUUUUCACUAACUAGAGUGGAAUGCUGAUACAAUUUUGCGAUUCUUCUUAGUUAUUUCCUGAUUAAUUCGGUUUUGCAUGACGGGAAUUUUCCUCUCCUUUUAAGUGGAAAUAAUCUCGAGGUCGUUGUUAGGAUAUGCAGCCUUGAAGAUCAUUGGUCGUAAGCCAUUCGUAAAAGGAAUGGCUUUUCUCUCCCCCCCCUUUUUUUUAAAUUUUGAGCUCUAGAAAAAAAUCUUUUCUAAAUGACAUUAAUGACAUAAAAAUUUUAAAAUUUCUGAAUUAUAAAUUGUGUAUUAAAAUUAAUAGUUUUAUGAAUUUUUUUUUGUCAAAAUAACCUAACAAUUUUAUAUUCUUUGCUAUUUCUUGAAGUGAUACAAUUAUAAACUGGUCCAAAAUGUAUGAAUUUCUAUGAAAACUUAUCAAGAUUAUAUCGUUUAAAAUGAGAGAAUAUCCCAGGAAUUGAUAAUAAUGUUCUCACAAGAAGAAAUAAAUUCUUUACUUAAUCUGGAAUGUUAUCAGUCCUUUUGAAAAUGUUGUGAUACAGUCUGUACUGAAGAAUGUGCUUAAAUAGUUCCUUGUUAUUUGAAUGUUUUCUUUGCAAUUCACGAAAAAACUCUAGAAAUACUGAAAUCAUUGAUGAUUCUUUCUCACACAAAAAGUGUAAUCUUCUGUUUUCUGAAUAUGCAGGUCCAAAUGACCCUGAUAUGAUUGGGCCAGAAGGUAUGGAAAAAUUCUGUGAAGAUAUUGGAGUUGAACCAGAAAAUAUUGUUAUGCUUGUUUUAGCUUGGAAAAUGGAAGCCAAGCAAAUGGGUUUUUUCUCAAAGUCAGAAUGGUUAAGGGGUCUUAGUGAUUUAGAGUGUGAUAGCAUUCAAAAAAUUAGGAAUAAAUUAGAUUAUCUUCGUAGUCUUUUAAAUGAACCUGUAGUUUUCAAGAACAUAUAUCGGUAUGCAUAUGACUUUGCGAGGGAUAAAGACCAACGGAGUAUGGACAUUGAUACUGCCAAGGCCAUGUUGCAGCUUCUUUUGGGAAGGUUGUGGCCUAUGUACAGCAUGUUUCAUCAGUUCCUAGAGCAAUCGAAGUAUAAAGUCAUCAACAAAGAUCAAUGGUGUAAUGUGUUAGAAUUCAGUCGAACCAUCAAACCAGAUCUUUGCAAUUAUGAUGAGGAUGGAGCUUGGCCAGUUCUGCUAGAUGAGUUUGUGGAGUGGCUAAAAACUAAACAAAACUUUCCCAACUACAAGUCCAGCAGUCAAUAGUGCUAGGUGCCAAAAGGAAGCUAGGCACGGUGACGCAAAUCGAGGAGGGGGCCAAAAUCAAUCCUAUAGGCAAAACUCCAUAUAUCUAUCUACAUGUGAUACACUUUCUGUCACUCUUCCUUUCUGUGCCUCCCGAUGUGCAUUGCCAAAAUUCGACUCAGGAAACGAGAAAGCUUCAGACAUUUUUAUUUCACUUUGUUUCUUUUAAUUAAAAGUUGUAGGUGGAUUGGAAUAGUUGUUUAUUUUUGUGACUUUUUCGUUGCAUCCACAAUUUGCAGCUUGUUAUACUCAAAUCUUCUGAUUUUGAAGUAUACUUUUUGUUAAUUGUACAUAUUUUGAAAUAAGACAUUCAUCAUUAUAGAUUUUUAUGGAAAAAAUUUAGUCACUUAUCUUACUGUUCACAAUUUUUUAAAAAUAUAUUUCUGAAACCCCAAGUGCUUUUUUGAAUACAAAACUGAGUAAAAUACUAAAUUUAUUUUAAACAUAUGUUAGAUCAACUCUGUUUUAUUUUUUAAGCAUCAUUGUUUUAUUUUUAACUUUUAUUCAUAAUCAUCUAGAUCUGUAGUGUAAUUAAUUAUUUGUAGAACACAUAUAUACUUCUAGCAAUUUAAGCACCAAUCUUUGAGUGUGUCAUGAACCUCACAGAAAUGAACUUUAUUCUUUUGCCUGUAGAUGUUCAUUUUCAUUACUUUUCCAGCAGUGGAAAUAUAUAUAUAUAUAUAUGUAGUAAAACAACCAUAUUAGCCUUACUUACGAUGUAUCUAACAAUGUAGUUAAAUACAUUCUGUUCUUUGAUAUUAUCAGAGAAUAUAACAAUGAAUUUUAAAGAAACAACUAUGCAAUAUUAUUAUUUCCACUAGUUUUGUGAAAGGCAGUGUUUGUGAAAUAUUUUAUGAUCUGCAGGUGAAGUUUUUAUACAAAUCUGUGAUUGUGAGUUUCAGUGAGUUGCAAAUGUUGAAUUUUUUUCUCUCACUAGUAUAGUAUUCUGUCACUGUACAAUAUAUUAAAAAUUAUAUAAAAUUUUAAUUUUUCAAAUGAUUUUUAAUUCUGUACAUUUUGCAAAUGAAGUUUGUUCACGUGUAUUUCAAGCAGCCUUCUCGUUUUUUUUUCUCAUGGCUAUGAAAGUCUUUGUUGCUUGGAGUUGAGCCGAUGACAUCCAACCCCCUCAGCAGAUGGAAUGAAUGAAGUUCAGUGUGCCUCAUUGUGUGUAUAUAUUAAAAGUUUUCUCAACAACGCAGUACAAUAAAUAAUAUCGGCUGUUUCA